GCCCAGCACAAGGUUCCAGGGGUGCAUUCCAGUCUGGGAUAUCAUCAGUUGUGUGUGGAGUCUGACCUGCGUAGCCUGUGUAUACCGCCACUACUACAUUACACACCCCGACACUCCCGGCAAGGUCCUGUACCUUGCUGGAAUACUGUGUCAGUAUGUCAACGUCCUUGUUUACCCGGCUGACACUCCCUGACGGGCUGGAGGAGGUGGUGGAGGGCCUCGCCAAGGAGGUCAUCAAGACACAGUGCACGGAGCCCUACGACAUAUACACCUUCGCCUGGAAGCACUUCUCCGGUCUAGUGGCCAGACACAAGAACCUUCCCGCCAAAGAUGCAACACCAUACGCACCACCUCCCGGCCGUCGUCGACGUGUCUCCGGCAACAGUCACCACCAGCAGGACUCUACCUCCUCCCAUCGAGCCAGCAGGAAAGGCUUACCUACUGGGGGCAUUAUGCCGAGUCUCCCUGGGAGGAAGAAGGAUGGGAAGAAUGCUAAAGAUGAGGGGCUGAGCAAGACUGGUUCACUAGAUCGGGAAACACGUCCACCUCGUCGUUCCUUCUUAGCUGACACGAAAGACAAAAUGAAAAAGACUGUGUCUCUCGAUCGUCGCACCUUGCCAGGGCUCAGUCGCAAUAGGUCGUCGAGCCGAGACAAAGUCAGCCAAUCUCGUGAAUCCAUCAUUGGAAAAAUCAGAAAAGGAAAAAAGGCUGAAGCUGAAAAGAAAAAAAAUGAAGACAAGGGUGAAACUCCUGACAGUGGCCCAUCUACAGCAUUAAUUGGAGGCGUGGUUGCCUUAGGGGCAGCCGGUGCAGCUACUGGAGCAAUUAUUGCAAGUCAGGAUGGAGACACGGCUGCUGAGGUAGGAGACGAGGCUCAAGAUGUAAUUGGUAAUUUAACGAACAAUGGCGAAAAUUUAAAUGAUGAUAUGACAGAAACAGUAGAAAACGAACCACACGAGGUAGCUGCAUCUGUUGACGAACUAACAGAAGACACAAAAGAUGCUUCCAGAGCCGCCAGUGCAGUUGGAGAGGCAUCAGAGGAACUGGCUAAAACUGUCGAUGAACUGAAAGAGGAAGCUGGAAGUGCUGCUUCCAGAGCCGCCAGUGCAGCUGGAGAAACAUCAGAAGAACUAGCUGAAACUGUCUAUGAACUGAAAGAGGAAGCUGGAAGAGCUGCUUCCAGAGCCGCCGGUGCAGCUGGAGAAACAUCAGAGGAACUAGCUAAAACUGUCGAUGAACUGAAAGAGGAAGCUGGAAGUGCUGCUUCCAGAGCCGCCGGUGCAGCUGGAGAAACAUCAGAGGAACUAGCUGAAACUGUCUAUGAACUGAAAGAGGAAGCUGGAAGAGCUGCUUCCAGAGCCGCCGGUGCAGCUGGAGAAACAUCAGAGGAACUAGUUGAAACUGUCUAUGAACUGAAAGAGGAAGCUGGAAGUGCUGCUUCCAGAGCCGCCGGUGCAGCUGGAGAAACAUCAGAGGAACUAGCUGAAACUGUCUAUGAACUGAAAGAGGAAGCUGGAAGUGCUGCUUCCAGAGCCGCCGGUGCAGCUGGAGAAACAUCAGAGGAACUAGCUGAAACUGUCUAUGAACUGAAAGAGGAAGCUGGAAGUGCUGCUUCCAGAGCCGCCGGUGCAGCUGGAGAAACAUCAGAGGAACUAGUUGAAACUGUCUAUGAACUGAAAGAGGAAGCUGGAAGAGCUGCUUCCAGAGCCGCCGGUGCAGCUGGAGAAACAUCAGAGGAACUAGCUGAAACUGUCUAUGAACUGAAAGAGGAAGCUGGAAGUGCUGCUUCCAGAGCCGCCGGUGCAGCUGGAGAAACAUCAGAGGAACUAGCUGAAACUGUCUAUGAACUGAAAGAGGAAGCUGGAAGAGCUGCUUCCAGAGCCGCCGGUGCAGCUGGAGAAACAUCAGAGGAACUAGCUGAAACUGUCUAUGAACUGAAAGAGGAAGCUGGAAGAGCUGCUUCCAGAGCCGCGGUGCAGCUGAGAAACAUCAGAGGAACUAGCUAA